ACCUCGUCAACAAAAACUCAACUCCUAGCCAAGAAGGCUUCACAGAUAAGCAGGUGGAACAAGCACGCAAGAAUGCACUUGAGUCUACCUACUUGUGUUGUGGCGAUACUGGCCUUAAUAGUUCACGGUACCAAAGCACAGCUGCAAGUGUGUGGUAUUGCAACACUCAACAAUAAAAUCGUAGGAGGCGAGGAUGCUCCAGCAGGAACGUGGCCGUGGCAGGCCAGUCUGCACCGAGGCGGGGCACAUUUCUGUGGAGGCUCCCUUAUCAACAGCCAGUGGGUUCUGACCGCGGCACAUUGUUUCCGGAGCACCAGCACAUCUGGGCUGAUUGUGUACCUCGGACGUGACACCCAAGAAAGCAUCAAUGUCAACGAGGUGUCCAGAACGGUGUCCCGGGUCAUCGUACACCCCGGCUAUGACGACUCGACCAACAACAACGACGUGGCCCUGUUACAGCUCUCAUCCUCGGUGGACUUCACUGAUUACAUCCAACCCGUUUGCCUGGCCGCGGAGAACAGCGUCUUCGGCGCCGGCACGUCCAGCUGGGUGACCGGCUGGGGCACUGUCAACUCCGACGAACCCCUCCCGUCACCACAGAGGCUGCAGGAGGUUCAAGUACCCAUAGUGUCCAACAGCCAAUGUGACUCCAGUUACGGUGGAGGAAUCACAGACAACAUGAUCUGCGCUGGCCUCUCAGAGGGAGGAAAGGACUCCUGUCAGGGGGACUCAGGUGGGCCAAUGGUCAGCAAACAAGGCAACAACUGGAUCCAGUCUGGAAUUGUGAGUUUUGGUAAAGGUUGUGCCGAGCCUAAUUUCCCUGGCGUCUAUGCCAGAGUCUCCCGCUACCAGUCGUGGAUCAACAGCCAAAUCACCUCCAACCAACCAGGAUUUCUAACUUUUGAUAGCUCGAGCGGAGGUCGUGCCAAUUGCCUUUCCUUCCCUCUCCUCCUCGUGUCCGUCAUGCACGUCCUCUUCGCUCUCUACCUGCUCUCAUGAGAAACGAGCGGUCUCGCCGUUAGCAACGCUAAUUGUUGGUUCUCUGGUGGCGGGGCGUUAGCUAGAGCUAAAGCUAAAGCUAGCGGACAAUGAUAAAUCAUUAAUAAAGGGAUUAUUCGAUUAACUCAAGUCUUACCUCUCACGUAGAGGCUUUAAAAUGUGUUGUGCUAUUUCUCCAGAUGAGUCAGCUUUCCGGUUAAACUCUUAAAACGUUGUGACGCAGGAGGCAUCUUUCAGAAAAGACUGCAGGUGUUUAUUUUAGGAACUGGGCCGAAAAGCCUGACUUGUUGUUUUGAACAGACGUCCGCGUGACGACGUGGAUGUUAUAACGGAGCGAUGAGGAACUGUGAACUGUUUGUAUAUCCAGAACAAGUCUGAGAUAAAUAAACAUAAAUAUACACAUUUGUG